CGUUUAUAUUCGGGACGAAGACCUCGAGGCCUUUUGCUUCUUCUCUCUCUCUGUCAGGAACUGUUGAUUGUUGAGCAAUAUGAAGGCUUACUGGUACGAUAACAAGCCGGGCGACCAGCGCGAACCGCACGACGACGGCCGCCCCGUCGACGAAUCCUACCUCGCCUCCCUGGGCGUCUUCUACCGCUACUGUCCCUCGAUCGCCGACGUCGACGCCCUCGCCCUCGAGCGCGGCUACAAGAACCGCGAUGAGGUCACCGUGUCCCCCAAGACCAUGGGCGACGUGUACGAGGAGAAGGUGAAGAUGUUCUUCCACGAGCAUCUGCACGAGGACGAGGAGAUCCGCUACAUCCGCGACGGCGAGGGAUACUUCGAUGUCCGCGGCACGGAGGACGAGUGGGUCCGUAUUCGCCUGAAGAAGGAUGAUUUGAUCAUUCUUCCCGCGGGCAUUUAUCAUCGUUUUACGACGGAUGAGAAUAAUUAUGUCAAGGCUAUGCGCCUCUUCCAGGAGGAGCCGAAGUGGACGCCCCUGAACAGGAGUACCGAUCUCGAUGGGAACCCGCACCGCGUUUCCUAUCUCGGUACCCUCGGCCAGGCUUCUGUUGCUGCUGUCUAGGUGGGUGGUGUGGUGGCUGGGCGUCGGAUCGACUGGACUAUGACAGGGCGGGUUAACUCCGCCCUAGAUCAAGGAAAGGCAUGUAUGUAAGCUUGAAGCUGGAUGACUAUGUGAUAUACCAUGACAAUGACAUUUACGACAACUGUUUGAAC